CUUCACUUCACUUCACAUAUAGUAAUUGAAUUGUGGCAAUGGAAGUGACGAAAGAGGUGAGUAGAGAAGAGAAAUGGUCACUCAAGGGCAUGUCGGCUGUUGUGACGGGUGGAACUAGAGGCAUCGGACGGGCGAUAGUGGAGGAGCUAGCGGGGUUCGGUGCAAGAAUCCACACAUGUUCAAGAAACAAGAAGGAGCUAGAUGAAAGAGUUCAACAAUGGAAAGCCAAAGGGUAUCAAGUGAGUGGCUCGGUUUGUGAUCUAACUUCAAGAACACAAAGACAAGAACUAAUGCAAACCGUGGCUUCACUUUUCGAUGGCAAGCUCAACAUUCUUAUCAACAAUGCUGCAAUAAGCAUAAUGAAAAGAGCAAUGGAGCAUGAUGAGGAAGACUUUUGGCAAAUAAUAGGAACAAAUUUGGAGUCACCCUAUCAUCUCUCCCAAAUGGCACACCCUCUGCUCAAAGCUUCCGGCAGGGGCAAUAUCGUCUUUAUCUCCUCCGUCGCUGGCAAAACUGCGCUCCCCGCACUCGCUGUCUAUUCCGCUUCCAAAGGUGCAAUAAAUCAAUUGACAAAGAAUUUGGCUUAUGAGUGGGCAAAAGACAACAUUAGAGUUAACACAGUGGCACCAUGGGCAGUCAACACCACUAUUGUCAAACCUGAAGAUAUUGACGUGUGUAUACAAAGUAUGUUUGGGCCGCUGAUGGCCCGAACUCCGAUCCGGCCCAUAGCCGAACCGGAUGAGAUAUCGCCUUUGACGGCAUUCCUCUGCCUUCCGGCGGCUUCUUACAUUACCGGCCAAGUUAUUUAUGUUGAUGGUGGCUUCACUUCUAGCGCUUGAGCAAUUGGUAGUAUUAUUAUUUUUCCCUUACCUAAAUGUGUUGUUUAGUAAAAUGUGUUAUUUGUAUCAACCCUAAAGGCUGCACCAGAGGAUAUGCUUGCCAACUGCAAUUGGAACAGCUAAUAGCUAUUCAUGAUUUUUUUUUAAAUCAUGAUAUUAUUUUGAAAACAAUGUCAUUUGCUUGAUUGUACUUUGAUAUUAUUGUCUAUCUUCAUAAACCCAAA